UCAGCUGUGUGGCAGACAGUAGCAGUCGCUGCACGAUUCCUCCGGUCUCAGAUUUUGGAUUUCCUGGUCUCGGGAAACCUGAUAGGGCGACGAUCAGUUUAGGCGAUUCAAAUACAAUUGACAGGAAUUAGUGGCGUAACAGUUGUCGUUCUGACUGGGGACAAGUGCGAGUGCAGUAGCCACAUAAAAGUAAGAUCGCGGCUCCGUUUUGCUGUCCGGCUUUUAGUUCGCUUGCCAAGGCAGCCUCCUGCGUUACUGAGUAUGUCCGCUUCGGCCGGCGGCGUCUCUCCUGCUGGCCAGGGAUCGGCUCUCGCCGGGCCUGGCUCGGGAAUGUCUAUGUUCCGGUGGCUAGAAGUUCUGGAAAAGGAGUUUGACAAAGCCUUCGUGGACGUGGAUCUGCUGCUCGGGGAGAUCGACCCGGACCAGGCCGACAUCACCUACGAGGGCCGCCAGAAGAUGACGAGUCUGAGCUCCUGCUUCGCGCAGCUUUGCCAUAAAGCGCAAACUAUAUUUCAGAUGAACCACAAACUAGAGGCCCAGGUGGUGGACCUCAAGUCGGAGCUGACCGACGUGCAGGCCGAGAAGGUGGUGGUGGAGAAGGAGGUCCAUGACCAGCUGCUCCAGCUGCACGCCAUGCAGCUGCAGCUGCACGCCAAGGCUGGCCAGGGCACGGAUUCCGGCUCCAUCAAGGCCAAGCUGUCUGUCCCCUCAGUGGAAGAUAUGGAGAGGGAGCUGGAGGCCAGCAAGAAGGAGAAGUUCAAGGAGAUGAAGCUGGAGGCCGAGGUCAAGCUGUUCAAGAAGGAGAAUGAGGCCCUCCGCAGGCACAUCGCGGUAUUGCAGGCAGAGGUCUACGGCGCACGGCUGGCGGCUAAGUACUUGGACAAGGAGCUGGCGGGCAGGGUUCAACAGAUCCAACUGUUGGGUAGGGACAUGAAGGGACCUGCUCACGACAAACUCUGGAACCAGCUAGAGGCCGAGAUCCAUCUCCACCGCCAUAAAACAGUCAUCCGAGCCUGCAGGGGGCGCAAUGAUCCCAAGAAGUCAUUACCAUCGCCAUCGGGCCACGAGUCAGACACAUUAAAGAAGACCCAAGGCGUGGGACCAAUACGUAAAGUCGUGCUCUCCAAAGAAGAUCAUGAAGGACUUGGCAUCUCAAUCACAGGAGGUAAGGAGCAUGGGGUGCCCAUACUGAUCUCUGAGAUCCACCCUGCUCAGCCGGCUGAGCGCUGCGGCGGUCUCCACGUGGGAGACGCCAUCCUGGCCGUCAACAGCAUCAACCUGCGGGACGCCAAACACAAGGAGGCCGUGAACAUCCUGUCCCAGCAGAGGGGCGAGAUAGAGUUCGAGGUGGUCUACGUAGCUCCUGAAGUCGACUCGGACGACGAAAACGUGGAGUAUGAGGACGACAGCGGGCACCGCUACCGUCUGUAUCUGGACGAGCUGGAAGAAAGUAGCCGGAACAAUGCGUCCGGGGAUUCUGCCUCGCUGCAGGCCCAGGAGAAGAGCACAGCGAGCGACGCGAUGAACGGGGACACAGGAGCUUCCAGCGAGACCGCGUCGGACGAGGCCCCCACUCGGGCUGCGGAGAGCUCCUCAUAAAAAGGGGGGGGGGGUAUGGGGGGAACGGCGACACAUCUAGCAGGAGGGACGGACUUUGGGUGUAGGGGCACGGGAAGGAGACAGAGACACUCUGUGUGUGUGACUGAUGAGUUUUUGUAUGUCGUCAGGACGGACUGCGGUGGAAUCUGCUGGCGGGUGUGUCGGGGGGGGAAUACCGGUUUUCCACGGCUCUCGGGUUACCAGGGAAACACCACAGGCACUAUUUCAUGCACAUAUUUUUACAGCUACUCUCCAUUUUAGGCCAGAAUGGUGGCGAAGCUGACAGUGGAGGUAUACUCUCCGGUCAGAGUGAUUUAAUUAAAACUGAUGUUGAGCUGCUCUGGAACGGUAUACGAUAUAUUGCUUCGUAGCAAGCGUGCGUCUGGAGUUACAGAAGACUAGAGCCGUCAGUCAGUCAGUCCCAGUAGAAAAUAAAAUCCUUGACAAAUGUACAUACCUGUAACUCGUUACCGCUUGCACAUUAUACUGUAUUAUAAUUAUUAUUACUAGCUCUGCUUGGAUUUAAUUCUCCUCAAACUCACGAUCGGGGUGGCAGAUGGUGGUCAAAGUUUUCGUCAGUUACAAACAUACGGACAGUAAAAAUAAGCAUGUUCACUUUGCAGAAUUGAGGGAGGUGACAGGUGGGAUGUGCAGUUAAAUUUCAAAACAUUUUAUAACGUCAUACAGCAUGGGAUGAGUCGGACACAGUAUUUGCUGGACAGUACCGGGGGCAGGUGGGUGGGCCGGGGUGCCCAGGGACCCCACCCCCCUGUUCAGCACAGAGAAUUUGAAAUCAUAAGAAUUUACCAAUUUCAGCAAUGACAUUUUGAAGCUGGGAUAAUACUAACACUUUAGUCAAAUACAACAUCUUUACAGACUUAGGAGUAGAAAGUAGAAUGUUACAUGAAUUUCGUCGAAGGUUAAAUCAAGAGAUGUGCAAUGAUUUUCCCGCAGCAGAAUGUGAACAGGGCCCCCAGUAAUGUCACCCCCACCACAGGGAGAGUCGGCUCUCUACAUCGCACCCCUGGGGGUGCAUCCUGUGCUGGUUCAAUUUUUUUCCCCCCUCCCUCCUUAUCCUCUGCUGGAUGGUCAUCAGAGCAAAAUCAAGGCAGUUUUUUUAAGUAACCCAAAGGACAGUUGCCCGCGGUGGUCCCAGACCCAGUACCCAUCUCUGAUAAUCCGGCCACCGUACUGGCUGUGCAGCGUGUCAACGCCGCCAUUUACCGUUCAGAGGCUCACAGGACAUAUGUCAUGAAGGUCAUUUUUCAUUUCAGCUUUAAUUUUAACUCUGAACCAAAACAUCAAACUCCUUCUUGUAAACAGAACUACAAUGGAAAAAGCAAUAAGUCAGUAUUUAUGCACUGGCAAAUCAUGUAAAGGUAAAAAAAAAAAAAAAAAAAAACCUAUACACAGAUGUAUCUGUCAUUCUGAGUAUCAGUACAGUUUUGUGGGUCUUUUACUGACUUUGGGAUGAAAACUUACCUACACUGUUUAUCAGUAUGUUUGCUUUAAGAAGUGGAUCUUACACUGGACAGCAAAGACGGACCUGACAAUCUUCAGUCGUGUUCACUGUGGUUUGAUACUGACUUGGAGCAUCGGCUGAAUUUAACAUGAGAUUUUGGUCGCAUUUUAAAAGACUGCAACCGGACACGUGGCUGCUGGCUUCUCUCGCAUGAAUCGACGCAUCUUUCGGUACAGAGCGAGCAGCUGGCUGACCUCACCCUCACCCUAAUGCAUGCAUUCCAGAACGUCAAUUCCCAUCGCUGUUACAUCAAAGAGGACUUUCCCCGGAAAACUCUUUUUACCACCCUUCCUCUGAAGAACUGUGGUUAUUUUACACAUUUUGUUGUCAUGAAAAGUGUGUUUCCUGAACGUUGAAAGAUCUGGUGUAAAUGUCUUAUUAUAUACAAUUGUAGUAAAAUGUAUAACAAGUAACAUUUUGAGUAAAUUAUCUGAAAAAUGAA